AUGGAGACUUCAACAAAAGAGUUUGUAAUGAAACAUGUUGUCGAAGAUGUUAUGAAUAUUGAAGAUUCCAAAGAAGUUAGUUUCGACGAAGAUCAUUUCAACAUUCAUUGGGAGUUGAGUCUGAGUCGGAAUGCAGAAUUCUUUUCACUCACUCUCAAAGGUCCGAUGUCAUUUGCUCAGAAUGUGCGUGAAAUCGAAGCAAAAGUUUCGCUGAAAGUGAUAUCGACUAGUGGAAGAUCAUUAAUCGUCGAAAUGGAUUAUCAGUUUGGGAAUCCAUUCAACUUGUUUCGCCCGUGUAAAUGGGAAGAUUUCAUUUCACGAAAGAAGCUCGAUGAGGAGUAUAUUGUUGAUAAAAAAGUGGCUAUUGAAGCAUGUGUUAUAAUAAAGAAAAUGACUGGAUUUGGAAAAGAAGAUUUGAGAAAAUUCGAUGAAUCGAUUGAAGAACUUUCGGAUAUUUCGUUUGUUGUGAAGGAUAGAAAGUUCUAUUUAUUGAAAAUGUUCCUCGCUCUCCAGUCUUCAUACUUCAAAUCUCUUCUUCUCGGAAAUUUCAACGAGUCACAAAAAUCUGAAAUUGUUCUAGAAGGCAUCAAUCCAGAAGAUUUUCAGAAUUUCCUUGAACUCAUCCACGGAGAAGAUGCGAUCGAUAACGUUACUAUCGAUGGAAUUCUGCAUUUAGCCGAUAUGUAUGAUGCACCAACUGCAAUCAAGAGAUGCGAGAAAUUUCUUCUUGAAAAAUCGAAUAAAACUUUGAAGUCGAAACUGGAGAUGUCUAUUCGUUAUAGUUUGAAUGCGUUGAAGGAGAAAUGUCUGUCGGAAGUCCAAACAGUCGCAGAAAUUCGCUCAGUCCUGCCUGAUAAUAUCGAUGAAAUGGAUCCUUCUCUCGCGAAAGCACUUCUUCAGAAAUCGCUAGCACUUCAUUGA